AUGGCAUCAAGGAACGCAGACUCAGCCACCAACGCCCAAGGCGAGUUCACACCUCACAAGCCAAGAUCUGAGCCUCUCGAAACUGGUGGUCACCAAGUCGGUGUCAAGUCCACCCCGGCCGACUUCGCCCCAGAGUUCUCAGCCCAGACGCUUCCAGCCGGCUCAGCGCCUCCAGCGUCGACAUACACGCCAAAUCCGGUGUCUGAAGUACCAGGCCAAGCAAAUAACGAUGACGUCCUCCGCAGUCACGGAAAGGAAGGUGUUCGAACGGACCCUCUAAGCACACUGCCUGGAGCGACCUCGGCCGACGUGCACCAAGGACUAGGACAUCCAGGCCAGGGCCAGACAUCGACUGAGAUCCGCCAUGAAGGCCAACACACCCGCAAGAAACAGACCUCCGGCCUUGAAGGUGUCGGUGCCACAGCUGGCGGGGGCCUGCUGUCGGAGGGGGACCAUCCCAGAGGCCCCUUACCUGAACAUAAUGCCACUCUUGCCGGUGCCGAGUCGAAGCAGCCUGUGAGUGCUGUCGAACUUGCCGCCGAGGGCGACAGCGCCAGGAAGUAA